AAUAAAUACAAGAUGGCUGCUCGUAUAAAACCAGGCGUCGGGCUUCUCCCUGGUGAUGGAGGAAUAGAGGCUUUAAUCCGCGCGGCCCGUCUUUGUAGGUCGCUGCUACUCGGAAGGGCGGCCGAAGAGGGGAGGCCGACCGCUGGGUACAGCCGGCUCUGGUCGCCCCCCUCGGCUUGCGGGGGCCGCGGCGUGCUUUCCUCAGGAUAGGCCGGGUCUCCUCAGACUCUCCCUUGCUGGGCCGGGCUGUAGCUCCAUCUCCUCCCGGCUAUGGCGGUCUCCAGGCUCGAUCGCCUCUUUAUCUUAUUGGACACUGGAACAACACCCGUAACAAGGAAAGCAGCCGCCCAGCAACUUGGGGAAGUCGUCAAGCUUCACCCACACGAAUUGAAUAAUCUCCUGGCUAAGGUAUUGGUACACUUAAGGAGUACAAACUGGGAUUCCCGCAUUGCAGCUGGACAAGCUGUGGAAGCCAUAGUAAAAAAUAUACCGGAAUGGAAUCCGACCCCACAACCAAAGCAAGAACGUGGCUGUGAAAAUCAGGUGGAAGACGCCGCUACUUCUGAUCGGUUGCGUUUUGACAAAUUUGAUAUUUGUCGACUUUUAAAGCAUGGUGCUUCUCUUCUUGGAUCUGCUGGCGCUGAAUUUGAAGUUCAGGAUGAUACAUCUGGUGAAGUGGAUCCUAAAGAAAGAAUAGCCCGACAGAGGAAAUUGCUUCAAAAGAAACUUGGCCUCGAUAUGGGAGAUGCGAUUGGAAUGAAUACAGAAGAUUUGUUCAAUGAUGAGGAUUUGGACUACACACCUGCUUCAUCAAUUCUGGUACAGAAACAACCUACUCUCCAAGCUGCGGAAUUGAUAGAUUCGGAAUUUCGAGCUGGAAUGAGUAGCAGGCAAAAGAAUAAGGCUAAAAGAAUGGCCAAGUUGUUUGCAAAACAAAGAUCGAAAGACGCAGUAGAGACCAAUGAGAAAAGCAAUGACAGCACUGAUGGUGAACCAGAGGAAAAAAGAAGAAAAAUUGGAAAUGUUAUCAUCAGUCAACCUGCAACUGACUCCAAACUUUUAGUUGAUAAUGUUCCAGAAGAGAGUAAUGAAUGGCCUUUGGAAAGUUUUUGUGAAGAAGUGUGUAAUGAUCUCUUUGAUCCAUCCUGGGAGAUCCGUCAUGGUGCAGGUGUUGGACUGAGAGAGGUACUGAAAGCGCAUGGGGAAAGUGGCGGUAAAAUGGGAGACAGCACUGUAGAAGAGAUGAUUCAACAACACCAAGAUUGGCUGGAAGAUCUGGCUAUCAGGCUUCUUUGUGUAUUUGCUUUAGACAGAUUUGGUGAUUUUGUUUCAGAUGAAGUAGUGGCACCUGUGCGAGAAACCUGUGCUCAAACUUUGGGAGUUGUGCUGAAACACAUGAAUGAGAGUGGAGUCCAUAAAACUGUUGCUAUCCUGCUAAAAUUACUUACACAGGAGCAGUGGGAAGUCAGGCAUGGAGGCCUCCUAGGGAUAAAGUAUGCUUUAGCCGUUCGUCAGGAUCUAAUUGAAACAUUACUACCUAAAGUCUUGCCUGCAAUCACUGAAGGACUACAAGAUUUGGAUGAUGACGUUAGAGCCGUUGCCGCAGCAUCUCUGGUGCCAGUUGUAGAGAGCCUUGUCCAUCUCCAGCCGGAGAAAGUACCUUUUAUUCUUAAUAUACUGUGGGAUGCCCUUCUAGAUUUAGAUGACCUGACAGCUUCCACAAACAGCAUCAUGACCCUUCUUUCAUCCCUUUUAACUUACUCUCAGGUCCAAAGAUGCAGUAUUCAGCAGUCACUCACGGUUCUGGUACCACGUGUGUGGCCAUUUCUUCAUCACACAAUAGCUUCUGUCCGAAAAGCUGCAUUAGAAACUUUGUUUACUCUGUUGUGUACACAAGAUCAGACUUCUGCAAGCUGGCUAACUCCCAUUUUGCAAGACAUGUUAAGACAUAUCUUUCAGUUCUGUAUUUUGGAAAGUAACCAAGAAAUUUUAGAAUUAAUACAUAAGGUGUGGCUUGAAUUGUUGAGCAAAGCUUCCUUACAGUAUGUGGUAGCUGCCGCAUGUCCAUGGAUGGGAGCUUGGCUCUGCCUGAUGAUGCAGCCUUCUCAUUUGCCUAUUGAUUUAAAUAUGUUGCUGGAGGUGAAAGCCAAACUGAAGGAAAAGUCAGGAGGGAAGCUGCGUCCAAGUCAACCCCAGACCAAAGAAGUGGUCCAGGAAUAUAUAGCCGGUGCCGAAAGCGUCACUGAAGAUCCAGCAACCAGAGAUUUUGUGGUUAUGAGAGCUCGAAUGAUGGCCGCAAAGUUGCUUGGGGGCCUCUGCUGCUGCAUUUGCGAUCCCAGCGUGAAUGCUGCUUCCCAAGAAAUCAAGCCAGCAGAAUCACUUGCCCAACUCUUGCUUUUCCACCUGAAUUCCAAGUCGGCUUUGCAGAGGUUUAGCGUUGCAUUAGUAAUCUGUGAGUGGGCUGCCUUGCAGAAGGAAAACAAAAUAGUGGCCGAUGCUGUCCUGUCCCGCUUACUUGGAGUUCUCUCUGAGCAUCUUUAUUAUGAUGAAAUUGCGGUUCCCUUCACCCGGAUGCAGAAUGAAUGUAAACAACUUAUCUCUUCAUUCAACGAUGCAAACAUUGAUAUUCCCAGCAAAGCAAACUGCAGCGUAUUUACCAUAGAUCAAGCUAAUGAAUUGGUUACUACUGUUUUCAAUGAAGCUACGUCGUCUCCAAACCUGAACCCCCAAGUUUUACAGCAAUUAGAUGGCAAGCGGCAGCAAGUUCAAAUGACAGUCACAGAAACGAACCUGGAAUGGCAAACGCUACAGCUGAGAGUGCACACAUUCACUGCUUGCGCUGUGGUCAAUUUGGAGCAGCUUCCAGAAAAAAUAAACCCGGUUAUAAAGCCUUUGAUGGAGGCUGUGAAGAAAGAAGAAAACACGCUGGUACAAAAUUACUCAGCUUUAUGCAUAGCGAAACUGCUUCAGCAAUGCAUCGCAAGAUCUCCCUGCCCCAAUUCGAAAAUCAUUAAAAACCUCUGCACCUCGCUGUGCGUGGAUCCGCACCUGACUCCUUUAGCGUCGUGCCCUGCACAGCCACAGAGCAGCCAUGAAAACUCAAAAGGGUCUAAUUCUGAAAGAGAUGGGAUGCAUCAUACAGUCACCAAGCACCGAGGUAUAAUUACGCUAUAUAGGCACCAAAAAGCUGCAUUUGCCAUCACAAGCCGACGGGGUCCAACACCGAAAGCCACCAAAGCCCAAAUCGGAGAUUUGCCUGCAAGCACGAGUGGAAAUGUAACAACAGAGCUCGAUGAAGCUCAGAAGCCCUACAUUGUACAGCGGAGAGGAGCAGAAUUUACUUUAUCCACUAUAGCGAAGCAUUUUGGAGAUGAAAUGGCAGUAGGCUUGCCACAUCUUUGGGAUACUAUGGUUGGGUCCUUAAAGAACAGUAUCGAUAUAAAUAACUUUGAUCGAAAGUUACUCUUGGAGAAAGGAGAUGGACCAGCUCAGGAAUUGGUGAAUUCUCUACAGGUUUUUGAAAUAACUGCAGCUUCUAUGGAUAUUCGGCUUCGCACUCUGUUAAUACAGCACUUGCCUUAUCUUUGUAUGUGCCUUCAACACCCCAGCACUGCAGUGAGGCACAUGGCUGCCCGUUGUGUGGGUGUAAUGAGCAAAAUAGCUACCGUGGAAACCAUUCAUAUUUUUCUAGAAAAGGUUCUUCCUUGGCUGGGAGCGAUAGAUGAUAGUACCAAGCAAGAAGGCGCAAUUGAAGCUCUCGGCGCUAUAAUGGAGCAAUUAGAUGUUGGAAUUAUUCCCUAUAUAGUCCUGCUUGUGGUUCCUGUCCUGGGCAGAAUGAGUGAUCAGACAGACAGUGUCCGUUUCAUGGCUACUCAAUGCUUUGCAACUCUGAUUAGAUUAAUGCCGCUUGAGGCUGGUAUUCCAGAUCCCCCAAAUAUGUCUGAAGAUUUAAUUAAAAUAAAAGCCAAAGAGCGCCAUUUCUUGGAACAAUUAUUGGAUGGGAAAAAACUAGAAAAUUAUAAAAUCCCAGUACCAAUUAAAGCAGAACUCAGAAAAUAUCAGCAAGAAGGUGUGAACUGGUUAGCUUUUCUCAACAAAUACAAACUUCACGGUAUCCUGUGUGAUGAUAUGGGCUUGGGAAAAACCCUGCAGUCCAUCUGCAUUCUUGCAGGAGAUCACUUUCUCAGGGCCCAAGAAUACGCAAGAACUAAGAUGGCUGAUAGCAUUCCACUCCCAUCCUUGGUGGUGUGCCCGCCCACCCUGACAGGUCAUUGGGUGGAUGAAGUGGGCAAAUUUUGUUCCAAGGAGUUUUUGAAUCCUUUGCACUAUACUGGCCCUCCAACGGAACGGGCAAGAUUACAACACCAUGUAAAAAGACACAACCUAAUUGUAGCUUCUUAUGAUGUUGUGAGAAAUGACAUUGAUUUUUUCAGAAAUAUUAAAUUCAAUUACUGUAUUCUUGAUGAAGGACAUGUCAUCAAAAAUGGGAAAACGAAGCUAUCAAAAGCUAUAAAGCAGCUGGCUGCCAACUACCGAAUAAUUCUCUCUGGGACACCAAUCCAGAACAAUGUCUUAGAAUUGUGGUCACUCUUUGAUUUCCUUAUGCCGGGAUUUUUGGGCACCGAGCGUCAGUUUGCAGCUCGUUAUGGCAAACCCAUAUUAGCAAGUAGAGACGCCCGGAGCUCUAGCCGAGAACAGGAGGCAGGUGUCCUUGCAAUGGAGGCCUUACACAGGCAAGUCCUGCCCUUUUUAUUACGAAGGAUGAAGGAGGACGUCUUGCAAGAUCUUCCACCAAAAAUCAUUCAAGACUAUUACUGUAUUCUCAGCACCCUCCAGGUUCAGCUUUAUGAAGAUUUUGCAAAGUCUCGUGCCAAAUGUGAUGUCGAUGAAACAGUUUCAUCAGCUUCGCUCACCGAAGAGACUGAAAAGCCAAAGCUUAAAGCUACAGGACACGUAUUUCAGGCAUUGCAGUAUUUAAGGAAAUUGUGCAAUCACCCAGCACUAGUUUUAACCGCUCAUCACCCAGAACAUAAAAGGAUCACGGAGAAGCUUGCAGCGGAGAAUUCUUCUCUCCGGGACAUCCAGCAUGCGCCUAAACUCUCUGCUUUAAAACAGCUAUUACUCGACUGUGGCUUAGGAAAUGGCGGCUCUUCAGAGAGCGGCACCGAAACGAUAGUUGCCCAACACCGAAUUCUCAUCUUCUGCCAACUGAAGAGCAUGCUGGACAUAGUAGAACAUGACCUUCUGAAGCCUCACUUGCCCUCUGUGACCUACCUGCGAUUAGAUGGCAGCAUCCCGGCUGGUCAGAGACACUCAAUCGUCUCACGGUUCAACAAUGACCCGUCCAUAGAUGUGUUGUUGCUUACUACUCACGUUGGUGGACUGGGCCUUAACCUGACUGGAGCUGAUACCGUGGUAUUCGUUGAACACGAUUGGAAUCCAAUGAAAGACCUCCAGGCGAUGGAUCGGGCACAUCGUAUUGGCCAGAAACGUGUUGUUAAUGUUUAUCGCUUGAUAACGAGGGGAACCUUGGAGGAAAAAAUAAUGGGCCUUCAAAAAUUCAAAAUGAAUAUUGCAAAUACAGUGAUCAGUCAAGAGAACGCCAGUCUUCAGAGCAUGGGAACAGACCAGCUUCUUGACCUCUUCACUCUGGAUAAGGAUGGAAAAACUGAAAAAUCAGAUGGUGCCACUUCUGUUUCUGGGAAAACCACCAUGAAGUCAGUCCUUGAAAAUCUUGGAGAACUCUGGGAUCAAGAACAGUAUGAUUCAGAAUAUAGCCUGGAAAAGUUUAUGCACUCACUCAAAUAACCAUCCUUAUGGUUUUUGGGUUUUUUCAGCUGAUAUUCAGCAUAUUUCAAAACAUUUAUAGUGGACUUCCCGCAUCACAUGGAAAAAACAAAACGAAGACUGAUGUUCUGCAUAAAGCCAACAUAUUCUGUUGGGAUAGUUAAGUCUUAAAUACUUACAUCGUUAAAAUUCUAAAUUGCAAUUUAGCUUUCCAGAAUAAUUAUAAAUUCUUAUAGUUUUGCAUAUGUUGCUAAGUAUUACACCUUCAUUCAAAAUAGGUUCGCCAUUUCCCUUUUCCUGAACCUUUCAAAAUUUCUGCAGUUUUGAGUAUUUUGUUACUUUAAACGUAGCUUAUUUUAAUGGUACACUGUAGGAAUGUUCGGUUUAGCUAUUCUGAAUAAUUUGUUCACUUCAGGUUGCACAUUGACAUAAUAACAGCAAAGCGUACUGGAAGACACUGAGGAUUUAAUUGAGCUUUGCAAAAGCUACAGUUCCCACCUUUAUAUAUUUAAGUAUGUGGUGCUCUUCGGUCUUCUGACAUUUUGAGAGCAGUUGACUUUUUAAUAAAAUUACCGAAAAUGGCUAACAGGCCAUUUCUACAUCCUGUUUAGAGGGUGCUAUUUUUAUUAGUGUUUGUGGGUGUAUAUAAUGGCAAGAGCCUAGUCAGCUCAGAGAUCUAAAGUAUGCAGUAGGUUUCGAUGUUAUAUUUUUUUGUAAGAGAGCAAAUAUAUAAAUAGAGCUUUUCCAGCAGUAAUUCUUAUAAAAUAAAGAAUCCACGCUGGAAAAAUAACCCAAAUGCACUAGUGCACGAUCCUCUUAAAUAAAAAAGGGCAAGGUUUUAUUUAGGGAUAUAGCUUAAAAAACACCCCUUAGAAAUAACCUGCAUCCAAGAGAAUAAAAUGUUGAACUGAAAUCAUGUAAUAAUACAGAUUUAAACAGGCUGUAAUAAAGGAGAGUAAAAAUAACUGUUGUACAUUUUUUUUAAAAACGUAUUCUUAAAGGGAGUCAGUGGUGACAUGUCUUAUGUAUAGAUGUCUGUACCAAAUGCAUACACCGUUUUCUAAAUAUUUUAAGACAAACCUACAUAAACACUUUAAUAAAUAAGUAUAUGUAUAGAUGUCAUAUCUAAGGUUUGAGCAUGCGUGCACUUCGGCUUCAGGGCUUGAAGAGCUGUGAGGCCUUUGAAAUGUUUAAGUCAUUGUUUUAUAAACAUUUCAAGAGGAAAAAGCAACAAUAAAAAGGCUUAUGGAGCAAUAUUGUUUUUCAGCACUCAGAUAUGAAUGAUGAACCUGUGUCAUAUUUCAGCAGAUAUACAAACUGCCAUACUGUAACAUUAAACUAGCAUUCCUUGGCAAAAAAAAAAAGAAAAUAAAAAGGCAAAUUGGCAUUAAUUGA